AGCUUUAUUAGAAAGGCUCUUGCUCGAAGCUGCGUCAGUUUUGUGUAUGACAGUGGUGUUAAUUAAUAUAUAUCGAGAAGGAAGUUCUUUUUCUAAUAUUGUUUUUAAUAGAAUGUUAUAAAUUUUUUUUGUUUAAAAGUAAAUUGGCAAGUUUGUUAAAAAUGUUUCGUACCCUCGCAUUUUUAUGCGUCUUAGUCGCAGCAAAUGCAGAACUCCGAAGGAUUAAAUUGCAUAAGAUAGACCGUAUACGCAGUCAAUUAAAGGAAUAUGAUACAGACUUGGUACAAACACGCAUAGUACAAGGAGAUGUUAUCCUACCUGAACCUCUUUCUAAUUAUCUCGAUGCCCAAUAUUAUGGUGUCAUCAAUAUUGGAACUCCACCUCAGAAGUUUAGAGUAAUCUUUGAUACAGGUUCUUCGAAUCUCUGGGUUCCUUCUAAAAAAUGUCAUUUGACUAAUAUUGCGUGCAAAUUGCAUUAUAAAUAUGAUAGCACCAAAUCGUCCACAUAUAAGAAGAAUGGUACCGACUUUUCUAUACGUUAUGGUUCUGGAAGUCUCUCUGGCUAUCUUUCUACUGAUAUGGUAGACGUUGCUGGUAUUAAAGUUAACGAUCAAACGUUUGCCGAGGCGUUGAGCGAGCCCGGCCUAGCAUUUGUCGCCGCUAAAUUUGAUGGUAUUAUGGGAAUGGCAUACUCUACAAUUGCUGUUGACGGUGUAACACCUGUUUUCUACAACAUGGUCAAGCAAGGAUUAGUUUCACAACCUGUGUUUAGUUUCUAUUUGAACAGAGAUCCUAAUGCAGAAUUUGGCGGAGAAAUGAUACUUGGUGGCUCAGAUCCAAAUCAUUAUGUUGGUCCAUUUACUUAUGUUCCUGUAGAUAAGAAAGGUUAUUGGCAAUUUGCAAUGGACAGAGUUGAAGUAGGUUCGGACGUUAAAGUUUGUGAGAAAGGAUGUGAGGCUAUUGCAGACACAGGCACCUCUUUGAUCGCUGGACCAGUAAAAGAAAUUGAACUGCUCAACAAGAAAAUUGGUGCUACCCCUAUUGCAGCUGGAGAAGCAAUGGUGGAGUGUGAUAAAAUUCCUGAUUUGCCUACAAUUACAUUUGUAUUCGGUGGCCGCUCUUUCCCUCUAAGAGGCGAAGACUACGUUCUUAAGGUUACACAACUUGGAAAAACUGUUUGCAUAAGUGGAUUUAUGGGAAUGGACAUUCCUCCUCCAAAUGGUCCACUAUGGAUCUUGGGAGAUGUAUUCAUUGGUCGCUAUUAUACCGAAUUUGAUAUGGGAAAUAACCGUAUUGGUUUUGCCGAAGCUAAAUAGACGUGUCAAGUUAUCAAACCAAAACAAUUUUUAAUUAUACCUUUUUCUUGGCAUUCUAGCUAAGCGAUUCGUUCGUUUCAUGUCUUCGGAAAUUGUUUAAUUGAAAAGUUUCUUACAUAUUAAAUCUAUACUAUGUAACGCUUUCAAAAAUAAAAUAAUAGUUAAACUAAAAACAAAUAUACAUAAAAUAAUUUUCUAUAAUGAAAUAUGCGUGUAAAUGUACCAUAAAGUGUAUCAUAAAUACACUGCAAAAACGAAAGCAAUAAAUUUUGUUUAAGUCAUA